AAAGACAAAUUCAGCGAUGUGUCAAUAUUAUACGUGUACAGUAGAGUACAGUACUGAUAAAAUAGUGAUUUAGUAAUGAUAAUAAAUACAAAGUACAGAAAAUAAACGUGAUGUGGACGUUUUUGAAAAUUAGAUAACGUAAUGAAUAUCUGAAAAAAACAAUCAAUGGCAUUUAGAUCUUUAAGGCAGGAAUACCUGCAAAUACCCAUCGUUACACGAGCAUAUACAACAGCUUGUGUCCUCACGACUCUUGCUGUGCAAUUGAAUCUUGUGUCGCCUUUUCAACUUUAUUUUAAUCCUAUCUCCAUUAUUCAUCAUUAUCAAAUAUGGAGAUUUAUUACGACAUUUUUGUAUUUUGGAACGGUUGGCUUCAAUUUCUUCUUCAAUAUGAUAUUUACAUACAGAUACUGUCGGAUGUUAGAAGAAGGUCCUUUCCGGGGAAAAACAGCUGAUUUCGUUAUGAUGUUUAUUUUUGGGGGAGUUUGUAUGAUAAUAUUUGCAUUCUUUGUUAAUUUGUUGUUUUUGGGGCAUGCGUUUACAUUGAUGCUAGUAUAUGUUUGGUCACGAAGAACACCUUUUGUGAGAAUGAACUUCUUUGGUAUCUUCAACUUUCGGGCACCUUUUUUACCUUGGGUUCUUCUUGGAUUUUCAUUACUCUUAGGGAACGUAAUAUGGGUAGAUUUAAUUGGAAUGGCAGUUGGACAUAUGUAUUAUUUUGCUGAAGACGUGUUUCCUCAACAAGUUGGGGGAGGCUUUCGAAUAAUUAAAACGCCAGAAAUUCUCAAAAAAUUAUUUGACGAACGUCCAGAGGAUCCGGAUUAUGCACCACUUCCUGAAGAUAGACCCGGUGGUUUUAUUUGGGGUGCAGGUGCUGAUUUACAGUAAAAAUGAAUAAAUAAUCACUUCUGAUAAAUCUA